GUAUCGAGAAGGAGCUAUUACAAUCGCGGGAUCACUUCGCUAAUAUAUACCAGCAUACAGUGUUUUCAGUCGCUGACGAAGAGCUAAAUUCCGGAGCAAGUGUUUACCAAUUGGUAAAUUCGAGGUUCAAUGUUAACUACUUGAGGCGUAUAACCUCGAAUAUUUUCAAGGCGUGAAUAAUCAUAAAAAAUUACAGUUAUUACAUAUAAUCACGGAAAUAUGGAAAGCAAAGAGGACACAGUAAGGGUGAAGGAAGAGCCGAACGUUACCUGGCUGAAUCCAGGUGAAGAUUAUAUUUUAGAUUUGGUGGACUCUUGUGAAGCAAAAAACUUUAAAACAUUUAAUUUUUAUCAAUCAUCAGCUAAUUACAUAAAUGAGGUUAUGGCGUCACAGGAAAAAUUAGAUGAAAAAAUACUUAUAGAUGUGGAGUGUAAGUAUGUUAAACUUGAACCAAAGUCUUUUUCGACGACCAUCUAUAAAACUGAAUACCAGAACGUUAAAAUAGAAGACGAAAAUCAGACAGAUGACUUGCAUGGAAAAAAUGUAGUAAUUUUGAUAAGAAAGGAAUUUGAUUACGAUAAUAAUUGUCAAUUUCCACUCAAUUUCCGAUGGAAUCGUAGUGAAUAUAAAAAAGUGGAAAAUUUUGUUAAAAGCAAUCAAAAUAAAGUAUCUGAUAAAAAUAAUAUUUAUCGAAAAAUUUAUACGAAAAAAUCAAAUCUAAAAAGAUAUACGACGCAUAAGAGCAUUAGAUCAUUUGACUGUGAAAUUUGCCACAAAUCAUUUGGACAAAAAAGUAACCUGCAACGUCACAUAAAUGCAAUACAUAAUCGUAACAAACCUUUUGAAUGUGACAUUUGUCACAAAUCAUUUGGACUUAAACAUCACCUCAAAUAUCACAUAAAUGGAGUACAUAAUCGAAGCAAACCCUUCGAGUGUGAGGUUUGCCACAAAUCAUUUGGAUGCAAGAGUAACCGGAAUAAGCACAUAAAUGCAGUACACAAUCAUGACAAACCUUUUGAAUGUGAUAUAUGUCACAAAUCAUUUAAUCGUAAAUAUGACCUAAAAAAUCACGUGAAGGCAAUUCAUGAUCGUAGCAAACCCUUCCAAUGUGAAUUUUGUCGCAAAUCAUUUGGAUACCAGAGUAUACUCAAAAGGCACAUAAAUGCAGUACAUGAUCGAAGCAAACUCUAGAAACGUGAUAUUUGUUUGGAAACGCUUGGACAUGUUAAA